ACUUGGAAUGCCUGUCGUUUUUUUGAUGUCAGUUCGCAAUUUCUCUUCCCCUUUGAAAAACCGGAAUUGCUUUGACAGAGGAACUGAGUUUUAUAUUGAUGAAGCCGUCAUGUGAAUCUUUAAAUAGCMGGGAAUUGAAUUCAUAACAAAAUGAGCUCUUACAGUUCUCAAACGGACUCCAUUAGAGAGCUCAAAGUUUGUUUACUCGGGGAUGCUGGUGUUGGGAAAUCUUGCCUUGUACAUAGAUUCGUAUCCGAUGUUUUUAAUCCCGCAUCACCGCCAACAAUUGGGGCAGCAUUCAUGACAAAGAUGAUGAUCAUAGGAGAAGAUGCAUAUAAGUUCAAUAUAUGGGAUACAGCUGGUCAAGAAAGGUUCAAAAGCCUGGCUCCACUUUAUUAUAGAGAUGCUGCUGCUGCUAUUUUAGUUUAUGAUAUAACAUCAGAUGCAACAUUUCGUGCAUUAAGGCCAUGGAUACGUGAACUACAGCGAUAUGGCACACCAGAUAUCGUCAUUGCCAUUGCUGGAAACAAAUGUGACAAAGCUGAUCAUCGUGAAGUGCCAACACAGGAAGCCCAAGAUUUUGCAAACAGUGUAGACGCAGUGUUUGCUGAAACAAGUGCCCGUACAUCCCAUAAUGUAUAUUUUCUUUUUGAAGAGUUGUGUAAAAAAUUACCUCAGGAACAAAUAGCUCCCCCUUAUGGAACAUCAAAUAGAAAUCAAGAUCAUCACAGGGUUACGGAUCAAGCUCCAGCAAGAAAAAAUUGUUGUUCUUAAAACUAGUUGUUUUUUAUUUGAAUUUUAGUAUUAAUGCACAGAUGUACUGUUUAAAAAAUGUUGUUGUUAAUUGGAUGAUAUGAUCAGAUCUGUGAAAAAGCUCAUUUUAAAUGCAUUUUUACAUCAUUUGAAUACAUAUGAAUAAAUUGAAGUACAUGGAUGUGUUUCUAGGUGGACAUGACUUCUUUUUUCCAAGCCAAGUUAUYAAAAAUAAAAUAAAUAUAUAAAAGUC